AUGUCGCGAGGGGGUGGAAGAGCAGCAAAGGAAGGAAUUGAGAAUGAAAGAGAAGGGAAUGGAAGGAAAGGGAAUGGAAGGGAAAGAGAAAGGGCAAGGAAGGGAAAGGGAAAGAAAAGAGAAGGGAAGGGAAAGAAAAGGGAAGGGAAGGGAAAGAAAAGGGAAGGGAAGGGAAAGGGAAGGGAAAGAGAAGGGAAAGGGAAGGGAAAGAGAAGCGAAAGGGAAGGAAAAGGGAAAGGGAAGGAAAAGGGCAAGGGAAGAAGAGGAGGAGGGAGGAGAGAGAGAGGAAUGGAUGGAUGA